GCUUGGAGCUAUCUCUAGACGGCUUGAGCAUGGGGUGGCUAACAAAUAUUGCAAUUUGUCUGUUCUUGAUGAGUGGGCAGACCCUUGUAUCGGGCUCCCAUAACCCGAUGUUUUCUGCGAGCAGCCAGGUAGAAGCUUUUGCUUCUUCCUUCAACAGCGCUAUGUCUGGAUGUCCGGGAAUAAGUGCAUCGACAUUGAUGGAUGUGGUAGAAAUUUCUAGCACCUUUACCGAAACAUUCCUCGGGAAGUUCGAGACUUUAAAUGCAAUGACACAGGAAGGCUAUCUAAUUGGUUUCGUUACAGAAAUAGCGGCAGUACUGUUACAAGAACAGAGUGGAAACGAAGCAGCACUUAAUUAUGUGAUAGAUAUUUUAGGAGACUGUCUUCUUCAAGCUACAGGAAAUAGGGAUGACCUUCUUAUGAUAGAAGCCAGAGAUUUAGUGUCUGUGCUCGCUCGAGAUUCAAAAAGAAACAAGGACGUAUCGACGCAAUCAGAGUCAAAUAAAGCCGGAAUUCAUGCUGAAAGUGAUUCAAGCAGUUCAGCAAGUUCUUCAAAUUCUGGACCUGGAAACUGGAACAAUGGAAACUAUGGUACAGUAUGGCAACCAAACGCUCCUGGAUCAUCAAACACAGUUAGCUCAUCCGCUGCUUCUUCGAGCACUUCCGGAAGUCCCGGUGGGUACAGCGUCAUUUUCAACUCGCCAGGGGAAACAUCCUCUUCUACAACUCGUACAUCUUCAUCGUCAUCAAGCUCUGACGGUGGAAACGGAUUAGGAUAUAACGGAGGAUACGGUCAAGGUUAUCCUUCAAGUUAUGUUCCCAGCGGAUCAAGUGCCUCAAGUGCAGCUUCGUCCACUUCCAACACUCAAAGCGGUCCAGAAGUUUUAGAUAUUAUUUUCGUUAAUACUCCAGGCCAAUACGGAACUGAAAGCUCAAGCUCCUCUGCGGCAGCUGCUGCAGGAAGCACGGGACCCGGAUACGGACAAGGAUGGGAACAAGGAGGAACAGGAUAUGGUAACGGAUAUGGUCAAGGAAAUGGAGCUGGAUCAGCAGCCGCUGCUGCAGCAUCUGCAGGUGGCCCAGGUUCAGGACAAGGAUGGGGAGGAGCACCUGGAUACGGAGGAGGAGAUUCGUCUUCCGCUGCUGCGGCUGCAGCAAAAGGCAAUGGAGGAAAUGGUUACGGAAAUGAUGGAACAGGAUCUGGAUCAUCAGCUGCUUCAGUCUCUGGAGCAGGAGCAGGAGCAGGAGCAGGAGGAUAUGGAGGAGGCGGUUACGGAAGUGGCUACGGAAAUGGAUCAGGACCAGGAUCGUCAGCUUCCGCAGCCUCAUCAGCUUCAAGUAGACCAGGUUCAGGAGGACAAAGAGGAGGGCCAGGAUAUGGAAACGGCGCAUCGUCUUCCGCAGCAGGUGCUGGAGCAGGAGGCUAUGGAGGGGGCGGUUACGGAAGUGGAUACGGAAAUAGUGGGUCAGGACCAGUAUCGUCAGCUUCCGCAGCCUCAUCAACUUCAAUUGGACCAGGUUCAGGAGGACAAAGAAGAGGAGGGCCAGGAUAUGGAAACAGCGCGUCGUCUUCCGCAGCAGGUGCUGGAGCAGGAGCAGGUGCAGGAGCAGGUGCUGGAGCAGGAGCAGGCGCUGGAGCAGGAGCUGGAGCUGGAGCUGGAGCAGGUGGAUAUGGAGGAGGCGGUUACGGAAGUGGAUACGGAAAUAGUGGGUCAGGACCAGUAUCGUCAGCUUCCGCAGCCUCAUCAACUUCAAUUGGACCAGGUUCAGGAGGACAAAGAAGAGGAGGGCCAGGAUAUGGAAACAGCGCGUCGUCUUCCGCAGCAGGUGCUGGAGCAGGUGCAGGAGCAGGUGCUGGAGCAGGAGCAGGCGCUGGAGCAGGAGCUGGAGCAGGUGGAUAUGGAGGAGGCGGUUACGGAAGUGGAUACGGAAAUAGUGGGUCAGGACCAGUAUCGUCAGCUUCCGCAGCCUCAUCAGUUUCAAGUGGACCAGGUUCAGGAGGACAAAGAAGUAGAAGGCCAGGAUAUCGAAACGGUGCAUCGUCUUCCGCAGCAGGUGCUGGAGCAGGAGCAGGUGCUGGAGCAGGAGCUGGAGCUGGAGCAGGUGGAUAUGGAGGAGGCGGUUACGGAAGUGGCUACGGAAAUGGGUCAGGACCAGGAUCGUCAGCUUCCGCAGCCUCAUCAGCUUCAAUUGGACCAGGUUCAGGAGGACAAAAAAGAGGAGGGCCAGGAUAUGGAAACGGCGCAUCGUCUUCCGCAGCAGGUGCUGGAGCAGGAGGCUAUGGAGGGGGCGGUUACGGAAGUGGAUACGGAAAUAGUGGGUCAGGACCAGUAUCGUCAUCUUCCGCAGCCUCAUCAGUUUCAAGUGGACCAGGUUCAGGAGGACAAAAAAGAGGAGGGCCAGGAUAUGGAAACGGCGCAUCGUCUUCCGCAGCAGGUGCUGGAGCAGGAGGCUAUGGAGGGGGCGGUUACGGAAGUGGAUACGGAAAUAGUGGGUCAGGACCAGUAUCGUCAGCUUCCGCAGCCUCAUCAACUUCAAUUGGACCAGGUUCAGGAGGACAAAGAAGAGGAGGGCCAGGAUAUGGAAACAGCGCGUCGUCUUCCGCAGCAGGUGCUGGAGCAGGAGCAGGUGCAGGAGCAGGUGCUGGAGCAGGAGCAGGCGCUGGAGCAGGAGCUGGAGCUGGAGCAGGUGGAUAUGGAGGAGGCGGUUACGGAAGUGGAUACGGAAAUAGUGGGUCAGGACCAGUAUCGUCAGCUUCCGCAGCCUCAUCAACUUCAAUUGGACCAGGUUCAGGAGGACAAAGAAGAGGAGGGCCAGGAUAUGGAAACAGCGCGUCGUCUUCCGCAGCAGGUGCUGGAGCAGGUGCAGGAGCAGGUGCUGGAGCAGGAGCAGGCGCUGGAGCAGGAGCUGGAGCAGGUGGAUAUGGAGGAGGCGGUUACGGAAGUGGAUACGGAAAUAGUGGGUCAGGACCAGUAUCGUCAGCUUCCGCAGCCUCAUCAGUUUCAAGUGGACCAGGUUCAGGAGGUCAAAGAAGUAGAAGGCCAGGAUAUCGAAACGGUGCAUCGUCUUCCGCAGCAGGUGCUGGAGCAGGAGCAGGUGCUGGAGCAGCACCAGGUGCUGGAGCAGGAGCUGGAGCUGGAGCAGGUGGAUAUGGAGGAGGCGGUUACGGAAGUGGCUACGGAAAUGGGUCAGGACCAGGAUCGUCAGCUUCCGCAGCCUCAUCAGCUUCAAUUGGACCAGGUUCAGGAGGACAAAAAAGAGGAGGGCCAGGAUAUGGAAACGGCGCAUCGUCUUCCGCAGCAGGUGCUGGAGCAGGAGGCUAUGGAGGGGGCGGUUACGGAAGUGGAUACGGAAAUAGUGGGUCAGGACCAGUAUCGUCAUCUUCCGCAGCCUCAUCAGUUUCAAGUGGACCAGGUUCAGGAGGACAAAAAAGAGGAGGGCCAGGAUAUGGAAACGGCGCAUCGUCUUCCGCAGCAGGUGCUGGAGCAGGAGGCUAUGGAGGGGGCGGUUACGGAAGUGGAUACGGAAAUAGUGGGUCAGGACCAGUAUCGUCAGCUUCCGCAGCCUCAUCAACUUCAAUUGGACCAGGUUCAGGAGGACAAAGAAGAGGAGGGCCAGGAUAUGGAAACAGCGCGUCGUCUUCCGCAGCAGGUGCUGGAGCAGGAGCAGGUGCAGGAGCAGGUGCUGGAGCAGGAGCAGGCGCUGGAGCAGGAGCUGGAGCAGGUGGAUAUGGAGGAGGCGGUUACGGAAGUGGCUACGGAAAUGGGUCAGGACCAGGAUCGUCAGCUUCCGCAGCCUCAUCAGCUUCAAGUGGACCAGGUUCAGGAGGACAAAGAGGAGGGCCAGGAUAUGGAAACGGCGCAUCGUCUUCCGCAGCAGGUGCUGGAGCAGGAGGCUAUGGAGGGGGCGGUUACGGAAGUGGAUACGGAAAUAGUGGGUCAGGACCAGUAUCGUCAGCUUCCGCAGCCUCAUCAACUUCAAUUGGACCAGGUUCAGGAGGACAAAGAAGAGGAGGGCCAGGAUAUGGAAACAGCGCGUCGUCUUCCGCAGCAGGUGCUGGAGCAGGAGCAGGUGCAGGAGCAGGUGCUGGAGCAGGAGCAGGCGCUGGAGCAGGAGCUGGAGCUGGAGCAGGUGGAUAUGGAGGAGGCGGUUACGGAAGUGGAUACGGAAAUAGUGGGUCAGGACCAGUAUCGUCAGAUUCCGCAGCCUCAUCAACUUCAAUUGGACCAGGUUCAGGAGGACAAAGAAGAGGAGGGCCAGGAUAUGGAAACAGCGCGUCGUCUUCCGCAGCAGGUGCUGGAGCAGGUGCAGGAGCAGGUGCUGGAGCAGGAGCAGGCGCUGGAGCAGGAGCUGGAGCAGGUGGAUAUGGAGGAGGCGGUUACGGAAGUGGAUACGGAAAUAGUGGGUCAGGACCAGUAUCGUCAGCUUCCGCAGCCUCAUCAGUUUCAAGUGGACCAGGUUCAGGAGGACAAAGAAGUAGAAGGCCAGGAUAUCGAAACGGUGCAUCGUCUUCCGCAGCAGGUGCUGGAGCAGGAGCAGGUGCUGGAGCAGCACCAGGUGCUGGAGCAGGAGCUGGAGCUGGAGCAGGUGGAUAUGGAGGAGGCGGUUACGGAAGUGGCUACGGAAAUGGGUCAGGACCAGGAUCGUCAGCUUCCGCAGCCUCAUCAGCUUCAAUUGGACCAGGUUCAGGAGGACAAAAAAGAGGAGGGCCAGGAUAUGGAAACGGCGCAUCGUCUUCCGCAGCAGGUGCUGGAGCAGGAGGCUAUGGAGGGGGCGGUUACGGAAGUGGAUACGGAAAUAGUGGGUCAGGACCAGUAUCGUCAUCUUCCGCAGCCUCAUCAGUUUCAAGUGGACCAGGUUCAGGAGGACAAAAAAGAGGAGGGCCAGGAUAUGGAAACGGCGCAUCGUCUUCCGCAGCAGGUGCUGGAGCAGGAGGCUAUGGAGGGGGCGGUUACGGAAGUGGAUACGGAAAUAGUGGGUCAGGACCAGUAUCGUCAGCUUCCGCAGCCUCAUCAACUUCAAUUGGACCAGGUUCAGGAGGACAAAGAAGAGGAGGGCCAGGAUAUGGAAACAGCGCGUCGUCUUCCGCAGCAGGUGCUGGAGCAGGAGCAGGUGCAGGAGCAGGUGCUGGAGCAGGAGCAGGCGCUGGAGCAGGAGCUGGAGCAGGUGGAUAUGGAGGAGGCGGUUACGGAAGUGGCUACGGAAAUGGGUCAGGACCAGGAUCGUCAGCUUCCGCAGCCUCAUCAGCUUCAAGUGGACCAGGUUCAGGAGGACAAAGAGGAGGGCCAGGAUAUGGAAACGGCGCAUCGUCUUCCGCAGCAGGUGCUGGAGCAGGAGCAGGUGCUGGAGCAGGAGCAGGUGGAUAUGGAGGAGGCGGUUACGGAAGUGGCUACGGAAAUAAUGGGUCAGGACCAGGAUCGUCAGCUUCCGCAGCCUCAUCAGCUCCAAGUGGACCAGGUUCAGGAGGACAAAGAAGAAGAAGGCCAGGAUAUGGAAACCGCGCAUCGUCUUCCGCAGUAGGUGCUGGAGCAGGUGCUGGAGCAGGAGCUGGAGCAGGUGGAUAUGGAGGAGGCGGUUACGGAAGUGGCUACGGAAAUAAUGGGUCAGGACCAGGAUCGUCAGCUUCCGGAGCCUCAUCAGUUUCAAGUGGAGCAGGUUCAGAAGGACAAAGAAGAGUAGGGCCAGGAUAUGGAAACGGCGCAUCGUCUUCCGCAGCAGGUGCUGGAGCAGGAGCAGGUGCUGGAGCAGGUGCUGGAGCAGGAGCUGGAGCUGGAGCAGGUGGAUCUGGAGGUGACGGUUACGGAAGUGGUUACGGAAAUGAUGGAUCUGGAUCGUCAGCUGCCGCAGCCUCAUCAGCUUUAAGUGGACAAGGUCCAGGAAGAGGAUAUGGGGGAGGACGUGGCUCAGGUGGUACUGCAUCUUCAUCGUCUACAGCUGCUUCAGUGGUCUUAGGUAGACGCAGAGGGGCAAGAAGAGGAAAUCGUAGAGUGAUAGGAUCUGGAACAGUAGCCACCGCAGUUGCUUCGUCUGUCGGUGGAGACAGUUCAGGAUCAGGAACGGGAGGUGCACCUGGAUACGGAAGUUCUGGUUCUUCUUCCGCUUCAGCGGCUUCAGCUGGUGGCUCAGGAGGAAAUGGUUAUGGCGGAGGAAAUGGUUAUGGAAAUGAUGGAUCAGGAUCUGGGUCAUCAGCUGCCGCAGCCUCAGCGGCUUCAAGCGGACAAGGUACAGGAGGAAGUUGGGGACCAGGAUAUGGAAAUGAUGGCUCGUCUUCUGCUGCUGCGACGGCAGCAAGUGUUAAUGGAAACAAUGGAUAUGGACCAGAUAGCGGUUCCGGAGCUGGAUCUUCGUCUGCUGCAGCUGCAAGUAGUUCUAGUUCUGGUCCUGGUAAUGGAUAUGGCUAUGACGGUAGACAAGGAUUCGGACCAGGAUCGUCCUCCUCUUCUUCGUCAUCCGUUUCCACAGUUAAUAAUGUUGUCUCAUCGUUAGGAAGUGGAGGUUUCGACUUGAGCUCUGUUUCGUCUCUUAAGAGUGGAAUUUACUCCGGUUUGUCAUCUGACCUGUCUGAUUGUGAAAGAGAAAAUGAAGCCCACAGGGUAUUGUUGGCCGCUGUUCUUCAACUCUAUUUACAAUGCCAAUCAAAUGGACAAUAUAGUAACGCGGAUAUUUACGGGCUUUUGCUUUAGUCGAGAAUGUAACAUCUUUUUUCUGUAAUAUGUGCUCUGAUAUGUGAGUUUGAACGAAUAAAGUUCUCUUGCACAGAAA